AUGAUAAUAAGCCACCACUAUAUUUCUGAACUUAGAAAAUCUAGUUAUAAAAGAAAUGUUUAUUCGGGCUGUGUAAAAGACAUAAAAUCAAAUAUUAUUAUUUUUGCCGAAAAUGCAAAGGUUUCGGGUGAUAAAAUAAAUAUCACUACUAUAUGUGACAAAAUACACCAUGAAAAUUUCAAGCAUGGUUGGUGGAAAGUGAUCAACAAUAAAUUAGUCUUAUAUAAUCAACAUGUCGUUAAUCAUGAUGAGGAAAAAGUUUACAAAUUCGACAGUGAAAUAGACUGGACUAAGAAAACAUCUUGGGUAAGACUUGGUGACG